AUGUCUCUCUUAAUGAUGUGUAUAGCUGGUGGUUGGACAGAAAUUCCUGCUGAGGAGACCUAUGUGUGGUAUAGAAAAUUUUUGAUGGAAUUUACAUCUGGCCUUCAAACACUGCAUGAAUUUAAGACACUCUUGGGUCUGUAAAGUCUAAAUUAAAAGGCCAAUUAAUAUGUUAAUCAAAUCUAUAAUAACUUUGACAUGAACAAAAUUUAUGAGAGGAAUUGGUGGAGUGAAAUGACGACGUGUUCUCCUGCUGGAGCUGGCAGUGAGGGACCAGGCAGUGGAGAACGACUGAGCAGCAGGGUGUAUGUGGAGGAGCAGAUGGGAGAGGAAGGGGCUGUUGUGAAGAAAUCCAUAAAUGUCUUGCAACUCGUGUUUGUUCCAGAAAUGAAAGUAAAGACUUGCUGUGGAUUUAUUGACUUUGUAGAGUUUAUUGCUGCGGUAAAUCAUAAUCUACUUGUACAAGCAAAAAUGGAACAAAAUUUUAAAUGGUAUUUUAAGCUGUAUGAUGCUGAUGGAAAUGGUUCUAUUGACAAAAAGGAACAACUGAGCAUAUUCUUGGCUGUACAAACCCUCAAUGGCCAGCAAACUCUGAGUCCUUAAGAAUUCGCCGACUUGGUGUUUCCUAAGAUCAAUACAGACAAUGAUGGAGAAUCGAUUUUAGAAGAAUUUAUCAAUUGCCUGGAAAAAGAUCAGUAUAUUCUGGAGAUUGUCUCCAAGAGCUCAUGGAAUGUGCUGGAUGUAAUCUUUAAUGAGAAGCAGUUGGACACCGAGGUAGUCUUCCUCCGAACCAUCUGACAAGGUGGUCUAGGGAAGGUGAAAAUAAAGUUGCGGUAA